AUGCAGAUUGUGUCGUCGUGUUCACAGGUCCGGCAAACGUCGUCGCCAUUGGUGAUGAUGCACAGCUCUAGACAGCCCCUUGCAUCAGUGCAGGAGGCUGAGGUGGGGUACUUUGAGCCUGAAGAACCGCGGGUGCAAUGCGGGAUGGGUUUGAGAUGCUCCGUGGAUGGACAGGUUGCCGAGAACCGGCAAGCCGGUGUGCAUCCUCCUCACGCUCAGGAGCAAGGUGGCAGUCCACAGCAAUUGAUCGCAUGUGCCACACAGGUUCGAGCUCUAGACUCUGCGAAGCAGUGGUACAGCAACACAAACGAUCUUUGUUUUGAGGCUGGCGGCGUCCAUUUUCAUGGUGGUUUUGCGGGUAGCUCAUGCAACUGCACUGUGACAGGACUUGGACAGAUUGAGCGCCGAGCGUCUGCGCCUGCGCUUCUACACGGCUCGGGUCAGACCGCCUCACCUGCGAAGCUUGUCUCAAUAACGUAG